CUUUAGUUGAUAUUUGUAAUAACUUAUUAUUUUAGAGUUUUCAGAAUUUAUAUUUAAAAUGUUUAAAAAUGUAUACACUACUUCAUGGCUUUUAUAAAUAUGUUAUUCAAAAAGACGAAUAUUGUGUGUUAAUCUUAGGCCUUGACAAUGCGGGUAAAACGACAUAUUUGGAGGCUACUAAAACGAAAUUUACCAAAAAGUAUAAAGCGAUGAACCCAAGUCGAAUAACUACUACAGUAGGACUAAAUAUAGGGAAAAUAGAUGUAGAUGGAGUUAGACUUAAUUUUUGGGACCUCGGUGGCCAGCAGGAGUUGCAAUCACUGUGGGACAAAUAUUAUGCAGAAUGUCAUGCUGUUAUUUAUAUUGUGGAUUCAUCAGAUAGAGAAAGAGUAUCAGAGUCCAAAGAAACAUUUGACAGAAUGAUAGCUUCGGAACAUCUCUCUGGGGUCCCACUUUUGGUGCUAGCUAACAAGCAAGACAUUCCAGAUUGUAUGGGAGUGCAUACAGUUAAGCCAAUUUUCAACCAAAAUGCCCACUUAAUUGGUGCUAGAGACAUUAUGCUAAUGGCCACAUCUGCCUUGACUGGAGAUGGAGUUGAUGAAGGUAUAAGGUGGCUAGUAGAUUGUAUGAAACGUAACAGUAUCGAGAGACCGGCGCGAAAUCACGACGACAAUUUAUAAAUCCGAACGAUUGUGACAUCAACCAUAUUUAUUAUAUGUUCGCGCUACUAAUACAAUGAAUAAUAAUUAGCUUUCAUAUUUAGAUAAUGAUGUGACUCGGCCCAUUGUUUUGUACAUACAGUAUUGACAUUUGAAAAUAAAAUAUUAAACCAAC